AUGGUGAUGGAGGGGCGCACGGGCUCACUCUACGGCUGCCUUAACAGGAGCAGCACGCGGGGGUUCCUCGCCUACGUCGCCGCCGGGGCCGCCUGCGCGGCCGUCCUCGCCUGCUUCGUCCUCUCCGCCGCGGACCGGCCGCCGGCAUCUGCGGCGCGCAACGAUGGCGUGCGACUCCGCCUGUCCUCGCGCUCGCCGCGCGUCUGGCCCGACCUCGCGUUCAACUGGCGGGUAGUGGUCGCCACCGUUGUCGGGUUCCUCGGUUCCGCGUUCGGCACCGUCGGCGGUGUCGGCGGAGGCGGGAUCUUCGUGCCCAUGCUCAACCUCGUCGUCGGUUUCGACACCAAAUCCGCCGCCGCGCUCUCCAAAUGCAUGAUCAUGGGGGCCUCGGCGUCGUCGGUUUGGUACAACCUCCAGGUGUCACACCCGACCAAGGAGGCGCCCGUCAUCGACUACAAGCUCGCGCUGCUCUUCCAGCCCAUGCUUAUGCUCGGCAUAACCAUCGGCGUAGAGCUCAGCGUCAUCUUCCCGUACUGGCUAAUCACUGUCCUCAUCAUAAUCCUCUUCGUAGUGGUAAUUGAUCCGAGUUAUGAGGAGCCCCUCCUGACUCAGCCGCAGCCCAAGAAGAAGUCUGCAUUGGAGACUUUCGUGUUCAAUUUGAGGUGGAAGAAUAUCCUUGUUUUAAUGUCUGUCUGGUCAUCCUUCUUGGUGCUGCAAGUUCUCAAGAAUAAUGCGAAAUCAUGCGGCACUUUCUACUGGGUGAUCAACGUUCUACAGGUUCCGGUUGCUGUGAGUGUAUUCUUGUGGGAGGCCAUGCAGCUAUGUAGGGAGAGUCGUGCACGGCGUAUGAAUGGGAACCUGGAAUGUGUGUGUGAGGCCUCUAUUGAGUGGUCACCUGCACAACUGAUCUUCUGUGCCUUCUGUGGCCUUCUCGGUGGGACUGUUGGUGGCCUUCUUGGAUCUGGUGGUGGUUUCAUCCUCGGCCCACUUCUUCUUGAGCUUGGGUGCAUACCACAGGUCGCAAGUGCAACAGCAACAUUCGUGAUGAUGUUCUCCUCCUCCCUCUCUGUGGUGGAGUUUUACUUUCUGCACAGAUUCCCCCUCCCUUUUGCUGGCUACCUCAUCUUCAUUUCCAUAUUGGCUGGAUUCUGGGGCCAAUGUUUGGUUAGGAAGAUCGUGCAUGUGCUCAAGAGAGCAUCAGUUAUUGUCUUCAUCCUCUCCUCUGUUAUCUUCGCCAGUGCUCUUACAAUGGGUGUCGCCAGAAGAGCAUUUCAAUGA